GACUUCCGGCCAUUGCGCCCUCUUCAGCCCGUCAGAUUUUGCUGAGCUACUGUACUGUGCACGCAUUUUCAUCGGUGCUCAUCCUCUGUCCCCAUUGCGCGGAACAGGGUAUUUUAACAACCGAUCAAACUUAUUUGUCGUAUGUCCAUCCAGAAUUUAAACACAUUCGACCCCUUUGCAGAUGCAAUCAAGGGUGCAGAUGAUGAUGUCCAAGACGGUCUCGUGCAUAUAAGAAUCCAACAACGCAAUGGUCGUAAGACUCUAACUACAGUGCAAGGACUUUCUUCAGAGUAUGACCUGAAGAAAAUUGUCCGAGCAUGUAAAAAGGAGUUUGCCUGCAAUGGAACUGUAAUAGAACACCCAGAGUACGGUGAGGUGCUUCAACUACAGGGCGACCAGCGAGAAAACAUCUGCCAGUGGCUCACCAAGUCUGGUCUGGCUAAGCCAGAUCAGCUAAAGGUGCACGGCUUCUAGGCAUGUUCUCACAACAAAUAAUUGUUUCUUUUCUGUUUUGAAUUUUCGAUUUUACUCUUCCACAAUCAUAAAAUGACAGGAAUUGCAAGCUAGCAUGUACCUUGGCACUAUUGAUGACUUCAGAGAAAUGUAGCCAGCCAAAGGCUAAAACAAAAUCACAAGUUGAGUUUCUGUUAAGUAGAUCGAAUUCCAAAAUGUCCAAGUUUGUACUGUACAGUUACUAUUUUUAUAUAGGAUUCCUUGCUCUUGAGAGUACUGCCUCUUCUACCUUGGGCUAAUUGUUCUACAAUUGUACUGUUUUUAUCAUGACGUUGCACAUGUACUAUUGUUGCUUGAAAUGUCAUCUUCAUAUACUUCAAGAGUAAAGAUAUGCCUGUAAACCUAGCUGCAUAGCUUGUAUGUGUUUUUAGUUUGGAUUCAUAUGACUUCAUUUGUUGAUAAGAAACUUUUCUAAAUUUUUUCCCCUCCAUGCAGGUUUCACUCAAUAAAUGCUUUUUAAAAUAAUUUAUA